AUGAACCACUCUCAUCACCUCAAGUCGACGUCGCCCUCUCCCAGGUCACCAUCCACCGACCACAAUCCAACCCGCAAACUCAAUCAUCACCUAGCAAAGCCACCUUCUGCUCAUACGACAACGCCUCAAACCCCUCGGAAUCUAGAAUCCCCUCAAGCCGACGGAAACGGCCCUUCCUCCGAGGCCAAGUCACGCUUCUUGCCUCCGGAAGAAGCUGUGGCCAAAGCGGUUGCGAUCGAUGGCGAUGUCACAACGACAGAGUUCAUAGGUGUGGCUGAAGAAGCAGGCGGUACUGAUGCUGAUGCUGAUGCUGAUGCUGACGCUGGUGGCGUGAAAGAGAGGCCGGAUAUCGUCUUUAGGACAGAGUUUACUUGUGAAGCAAUCGCAUCGGCUAUGGAGAAUACUUGCGACGUCUGA